AUUGGAGUUGGAGGCUUCAAAACUGCCCACACAGGAUGGCUCACGCUGAUGGCCCCACCGAAGGCAGGCCCCGGUUCUGUUGCACGGGAUAAGAUUGUCUCCAAACGACCCUACCAUAAGGUAUUCGCGACACCAACUGCUGCAACAACAGGACCAUACAAGAUUGCCCGUUAUUCACUCGUUGACGAGCUAUCAAAGCUCUUUAGGGAGGCGAACAUCUUGUACUGGGCCAAGUCCUUGUUAAAGCUAACCUAUGACUUCAUCGAUUGUUGCAUCGCAUCUUCGUCUGAACCACCCCCAUUCCUAAUUCCACAAGUUCACUUUGUAGAAGCUGGACUCGCACUGGCUUAUCAUCAGGGCGGUAGCAAACCUGGAAGCAAGACUGGGUCCACACGCGCCGUCUUCCUUCUUGAAGAGUUCAUUGACAGCGAUGGGGAAGACUUCGUCAAAUUCAUUCAUAAUAUGGAUGCCAACCCUUUGGUUGAC